AAGAGCAAAGUGCGAAUGAACGGAUAGGCUGUCCCAUCGCUUACCUUUUCGCUUUCUCGCUCUCUUUCGCUCUUUCUCUCACUUCCCCUCCCCUCAUCCCUCCUUGACUUUCCUCCGCAACAAAGUCUCGACGCUCAUCCCCUUCCAUGGCCCUUUCACCCGCCCCUCUUGACGCGCUCCAUCUCAACCCGUGAUCAUCUCUUUUCGCACCUCCUCUUUCUGUAUGUCAUGACCCCAUGGGGCACAUUCUGUCCUGUCGACCCUUCCUCACCCUGACCUCUCUCACUCGCCUCACACUCAGCUGUCCUCAAUUGUGUCCUAUAUAAUCUCACAUAAUACAUACACGCACAUACCUCUGCUCUGUCCCUUAAACCUCUGCCCCUUAGAGCAAGUCCUCCACUAAAAGUCCGUCCAUGGCGCGCCAGAACCGCCAGCGGACGCCGCUGCAGCAGCUGGGUGGUGCCGCCACCAAUCCGAACAUAGCAGCCGGGACUAGGAACCCCUCCUCCCAAAUACCCAUCAGCACUUCCUCCUCGUAUACCUCCUCCUCAGCUCCCUCAACCUCCACCCCUCCUGUCUCCAAAGACCGGCUUACGAAACCAAAGGGCACUGGCUUUUUUGGCGGUAGGAGCAGCAGCACCAGCAAUCCCAAUGGCACUAAGAGACCGGUCAGUAAACAGGAGAGCAGCAUCGCCAUAAGCCCUUCCAGUAACAGCGACAAUGUCAAUAAGGGCAGUGGCAGCGGACAUAUGCUGCUGCCCCUCAUACCCACCCUAGAUGACAUUGAGCUCUCCCUGCCCUUUCUGAGCGAGUCCGUAUCCUCUACCAGUGCGUCAGCCAGUGCCCCUUCUACGCUUUCCUCGUUCCCUCUCUCUGCAGCCGCGCCCGGUCCUUCUCUUUCUUAUUCUCGGCCGCCACAUUCUAGCCCUACAUAUUCCUCCCUGUCUCCUUCCAGCGGCCAGUUCUUCACCUCUCAGUCUUCAAGAGUCCAAGACCUUUUGAGUCCCACUCCUACCUCUGCUGUUCGCUCGCAUCCUGAUCCCCCUGCUAGCAGCAGCAGUGCCCAAAGUAAUUAUAGCAGCAGCAUUUACAGCGCCAGCAACGUUGGCCGACAGCCUAUUAUGCGCUCCAGAACCACAACAAUCGAUGCCUCAGGAACCAUUCAGCAGGACAGCCCCGUUGACCUCGCGAGACUCGAGGUCAGCGACUAUAUCCUUCGCAACGAUGGUGAUCUUGAAACAUCAAAGUCCUCGGUAAAGAGUUCAGACCAUGGUCGCACUGAGGACAGUACUGACACGGGGCAGAGCAGGGCACGAGAGCAUAUUGGAACACCGACAGGCGACAAUCUUCUCCAUCCCCCGAGGUUCGUCAUCCGGCAACCCUCGGUGUCCGCCCUUGCAGGAGCCUCAAGGGCAACCUCACCCUCGCCAUCCAAGGCGUCUUCUAUCCUCUCGGACAAAGGCAGCCUGCAUUCUUCGCAUCAUUCCCAGUCUAUACACCAGCUCCAGCUUCAACCGCAGCAACAGCAGCAGCGUCCGUUAUUACGGACUUCUGGUGAUGCCCCUGUGCAGCAACGGAAAAUAUCCAGUGCAUCUCAACCUGAAACAGGUGGUACAGGUCCUGCAGCAAUUAUUGCACAUUCGAAGGAAAUACUUCCACCGCCGGCAGCUGCAAAACAAUCACAAUCAACGGCACCGUCUACCACUGUCAUACCCAAAAGGACAACUGCCCCCAAGAACAAACCAGAAUCCAAUCAGGAGGCACAAAGCCCUAACUUUCGCUCGCGAUUGACGCGCCUGUUCCGACCAAGCUCUAGACCAGAGGGACAUCCAAGUUCAGUUCAGCGUCCCCGCGACUCUCAGAGGCUGGCCAAGCAGGCAGCCACUCUUCCUGCAUCCCGACUAUUGCAACCAACAUCGCGACAAUCACAAGUACAAGCACAAGUACGAGCACAGCCACAACUGCAGGGACAGGGACAGGGUCCAGAACAAGGACAGGGACAGGGACAGGGACAGGGACAGGGACACGAACAGGUACGACGGCAACCACCGUUGCAGAUAAACACACAAGGACGGAACGAUCCAGAAAGCCAGGCGCCGACAAUAACACCGACAGCAAUUCAACAAAAGCAGAAACGGUUAGAUUCAGAACCAUCAGCAGCAGUACCUGCGCUAUUGACGCCAUCGGCCUUGACGCCAGCAUUACAUCCAUUGCCACCAAAACGUCUGUCCAGCUUGGAAAAAAUUCCCUCUGUGAUUGCUGCUAGUGAGGCCAAGGAGCACGGUUCAACGCAAGGGGUUGUAAGGCAAGUGUUAAAGUUAUAGUUGUUGAGAUUUGUGCCUUUUUAUCUGGAGAGAUAUGUGGCAUCGAAGAUGGUAGUGCCGUUGCUCUUUCCUUCAUGAGCUUUUGCUCUGGAGUGACUACAUUUGGUGGGCUUGCUGUGUUGGAAAUAUAUAUAGAAUCAAGUCGCGUGUGUGCGGUCCGAGGAGCGAA